AAAAUUUUUUUAAUAUUACAAUGAAAAAUUCGACUAAUAUAUAAAUGUGAACGCAUUGAAUGCUAUUAAUACACCUUGUACAUGCUACAUAACGCAGACGUAUCUAUUACUGUUGAUAUGUAUAUUUAUUCUAUGAUGCAUUUGUAGCGUAAUAUAUUUUAAACACGAAAAAUUCGUAUUAUACAUUUUAGGAAAUUACAAUGGAGAGAAGACAUUGUUUCUCCGCGUUUUUAGAUUGAACCAUAUGAAAUAUUGAUAUAAGAGCAUCAUACAUUUUUAUUAUGCAUAUAACGGAUACCGUAAAUGAUGCGUUCGUGUAAAAAAAGUAUUCAUAAGACUUUAAAGAUGAAGUAGCCUUCAUAUAAUAUUUGCUAUAUAUAUUGCACGUGUUUUAUUGUAAAACCUAUCGUCCGCAAAAAUACAAAAAAGAAGAUUUUGGUACAUUUUCGAACUAAUCGUACUAAAAAUAUCUGCUUUGUAAAUAUAACAGUUGCAGAAGUCGAAUAAAUAAUUUGCCUCUAAAACAUCGAAUUUUGAUGUAUUUACGACGGUAAGUCGUAAACAAUUUGAUUGUUCAAUCGUGCAAAAGAAAUACACUUUCGUGGGUGGAAACGCCCUUUUCUUCAAACAAGUAGAACGCGCGGAUCCUUACUUUCCCGUUCAUUCUACGCACCUACCUGUAGUAAAGAGAUAAAUGUUAUCAUACUAGAGCCGAUGAUAUCAGUGUACCGUUAUCGCGACCUGUUACCUGAAUUUGAGUUCAGUCUCGUCGUGCGUAUUAAAGUAAUUAGUUGGUACAUUAUCGCUCCACGAAAAUGCGACUUCGAGCAUCGAAGAAGCUCGAUUGCAUUUUCACAUUAUCGAAAUGGAUCCUUCUUCUCGCUUGUCUCAUCUCAUUAACACCACAUGGCAUUAUCGCGGAAAAUAAAACCGAGACGUUCGAAAGUGCAUUCGGAUUGAAUUUACCCGAAUCGAUCGAGAACCAUAGUACGGGGGAAAAUGUUGGUUCGCUACCGCAAUUGAAAGAAGCGGAGGAGGUCUCUCAUGGGAGGGAGAUCGAAGACUUGGCUGAGGAAGAGGAAGACUUAACUUCUGUCGAGAAAAUUGACAACGGAGAAAGUCCGGUGCAACUAUUGCCGGAUGAAAAUGCUUUCGCAGCGAAAGGCGAGUCCGGGGCGAAAUCGCCCCCCAUUCAAAGCAUUGCCGGUAAAAUGGCAAAUGAGAAGAAUGGGAAAUAUGUAAGAUACGACUCGAAGUUACCUGACGCUUAUAGGUACGCGCCUCGUCCGGAUGACAAUCCACCUUUCUAUACAUUAGAUUCGGAUAGAUUGAAAGAAAUUCGAUCUGAAUUUAUGUAUUGGUACUUCGAUAAGGGUGGCAGCGAUGAUAAGGGCGAUUAUCAAUCGGCUCUGCAGGCAACAAAUCUGCAAAUACACAAAAAUUUGAAUUUCAUGUUGCCUUUCUUUGGCUUUAGAUACAAUUAUACAAGAUUAACUGUUAAUGGAUACUUGGAAUUUAGCGAUCCACCUGAGCACCUUACGUAUCCACUCGUCUUUCCUAUUAAGGAUUGGCCAAAGAAAAAUGAUCCUAGCUUCAUCGGCAUCUUUUUCAGUAAAUGUCGCAUUGGGUUGUUAAGAGAAACCGAUCUUGAUCGAAGAAAACCGGGGGUGUAUUUCAGGCUUGAAAGAGAUUUGCAGGCGAGAACCGAUCAGUUUGGCGUAGAAAUGCGAGAGCGUGUUAUGUGGGACAUCCGCGAGGGUGUUGUCGGUGCCGAUUCAUUCAUACCUAAGCACGCCCUUAUUGCAACCUGGAAGAACAUGUCUUUCACGGGUGGUAUCGACUUAGCUCUUCAUAAAACCAACACGUUUCAACUGAUUUUAGCAACCGAUGAAGUAUUCACUUACGUAAUAUUUAAUUAUCUGAACCUCCAAUGGACGAGUCAUACUGAAGCAGGCGGUGACACGACACAAGGCGAGAAUGGAGUUUCUGCAUUUGUGGGAUUUAACGCUGGAAAUGGUACUCAGAGUUAUGAAUAUAAGCCUUACUCUCAGACGACUACGAUUCGCGAUUUAACGAGCAGGGGAUGGGCGAACGGUUUCCCAGGUCGGCAUAUUUUCAGGAUAGACGAGAAAAUAAUGCUGGGCACCUGUAACAAAGAUAUUUCUGGAGCUCAUCUGCCGUUGGUUUUCGCACCGGAAUCCGGAAAUAUGUUGGGUGGCACCGUCGUCAACAUCACUGGACCGUGUUUCAACGAAAGCCAGAAGAUUAAAUGUCGUUUCGAGAAUGAAGUAGUAAUGGGCACAGUGAUAGAUAAGAAUCGUGCGAUUUGUGUACAGCCAUUUUUAAAGUACGAAGGCUAUAUACGUUUCUACAUUGCCAUCGACAGUGGAACUUACGAUUGGAAAGGAAAAUAUUUUGUCGAAACCCCAGCAACGGCGACGGAGAGAAUUUUUUUCACUGAUAAAGAGGCCGUUCAUUUGAAAUAUCCAUCAGAAAUAAAAAUUACAUGGAACUCGUAUAAUUUAACUACUAAUAUAGGAGCUGGGAUACAAAUUUCUUUGUGGGGAUAUAGAGAAACCAAGACGAGACCAGAGUUUGAGUAUAUAACGAUGUUGGAUAACACGCAUACUAAUGAUGGCAAAUAUGUAAUCAAACCAGAUAAAUAUCGGAAUGCGUACAAUCCAUACCAUACGGAUAUGAUAUUCGGUUUCAUCCAAAUCAAUUUAACCGAACCGCACUUAUAUUCUGGACUAUCGAUAACACCGAGUUUGUGGAGCAGGCCGAUUCCGCUCGGUUGGUACUUCGCCCCUCAAUGGGAACAAUUAUAUGGCUCGCGAUGGGCUCAGAGACUUUGCGACAGAUGGAUUAUGCAUGAUCGGUAUCUCAAAAACUUUGCCGCCGAAGUAGCGCUCUGUCCUUGCAUUUUAGAUCACGCUUUAUACGACAAAGGUCGCUUCCUUCCGGAUUACAACUGCGAUAAAGACUCGAAUAUAGACUGCUAUUACAAUCAGAAUGCGGCUCACUGCGUAAGGACAGGUGCACCCAAUCUGGAUGGCUCGGAACAACAAUGCUGUUACGACAGAAACGGUUAUCUGAUGCUGACCUACGAUCAGCAAUGGGGCUCGCGGCCGCAUCGAUCUCACAAUUUGGGAUACUUCCCGUGGAACGAAGCUAACAAGGUCCCGACUCUCUCGCACUGGUACCACGACGUAGUGCCUAUGUACACGUGCUGUCUCUGGCAGGAAGAGCAGGCUGUCGGUUGCGAGACAUUCCGAUUUGAGAGGAGGCCAUCGCAGGAUUGCAUCGCGUAUCAAUCGCCGGGAGUGUCGACGAUAUUCGGCGACCCUCACUUCGUUACGUUCGACGGCGUGGAGUACACGUUUAACGGCAAGGGCGAAUUUGUUUUGCUACGAGUAAAUGAUGUCAGAGAUAAGCUCGAUGUGCAGGGCAGAUUCGAGCAAAUGCCGAAUAACAUACACGGCCAGGUGAUGGCGACGCAUCUUACCUCAGUAGCAAUGAGGGGCAAUAAUUCUGCCAUUAUCGAGGUUCGCUUGAGACCUCAACACGCGCAGUGGCGAUACCGGCUCGACGUCUUCGCGGAUGGUCAAAGAAUAUACUUUGAUAGACCGUCAUUAAAGUUUCAACAUUUCCCCGGGGUCGUCGUUUAUACUCCAACAUAUAUAUUGAAUCAGAGCGAAGUUAUUGUCAUGUUCGACACUGGUGCUGGCGUAGAAGUCGUAGAGAAUGAAGGCUAUUUAUCCGCUCGACUGUACUUACCAUGGACAUAUUUGAACAAAACCAGAGGAUUAUUCGGCAUUUGGAAUUUCGAUCCUAUAGAUGAUUUGACGAGUCCAACCGGGUAUCAAGUCCCAAUCGGUAGCGUGAAUCAUUCAGAGACUAUUCAUACCGACUUCGCGAUACAUUGGAUGUUAGAGGAUAAAGAGAGCAAACUAUUGGGGGCAGCUUUAUUUCAUAGGGAAUUCGGUAGAACGGCGAGUUAUUACGCUAAUCGGACGUUCCAGCCGGAAUUUCGAAAAUAUCCGACAGAAAUACUCCCACCGAAUAGAACGUAUGACAUAAAUCGCGCAAUUGAUCUGUGCGGCGAAUCGUAUCAGUGUCAAUAUGACUACGUUAUGACGUUAAAUCGAGAUUUAGCUCACUUUACCCGAAAUUACUACGAUACCUAUACCCAAAUCAGAGCGUUGAAUAAAAAGGAAAUUGUUUCCUGCGGUAUACUGGAGACACCCCGGUUCGGACGUAAGAGCAAUUUCCUGUUCGUCCCGGGAACGAAAGUGAGCUUCGAAUGCAAUCAGGAUUUCAUAUUGAUCGGUGAUCAACGUCGAGUAUGCACACCGGAGGGACGAUGGAACACACCGGAAUACGGAUACACGGAAUGCCUUCGUCACAUCGAGUACGUUCAACGUACAGCGUGGACCGUAAUGGGCAUUAUUAGCGCCGUGAUAAUUCCCGUAUUGGCCUGCGCCGUCGGUGGCUUUAUUUAUCUGAGAAAAAACCAGGCGCGGGGAGGUUCCAUGAAAUCUUGGCGUUAUUCUGGUAUCGACAAUGAAUCCACAUUGUCGAAGCAGAACAAGCCGUACGACGAUAGGGCCAUUACUCCAAUUAGCGACACUAGCACUAUUGAAACUAAUAGCGGCACUAGGAAGCGCCGUAGUUACGACAGGGUAUACCGCACAAACGAACCCUUGCCCAAUAGGCCGGACAUUGAGUUCGAGGAUAAAGAAUGGGAUCUGAAGGAGCCUAUCUCGCCCGCGGGAUCGGAUUCGGGCACGGACUCGAUUAGGAAAACAGGCAGCCCUACAAAAGAGAGUGACGUUUAGAUGACGUUCAGAUAUUAUCGAUAUGUAGCACGCAACAGUAUAAUAGAAACGAAGGAAUUCCAGUCAGGCGAAAUUGCUUUAUUUCCACGCGUCAUUUUGAAUUAGCAUCUGUGUGUGUACGUGACCAUGACAAUACAUCUUGAUUUCAAUUUCGAAUAUCGUACAUCUUGCAUACGUAGAAUUAAUGUCGAUCGUAGAUCAAAUAUCAAUUAAUUUGACGCGCGAUUGAUCGAAAUUUAUCAUGAAAAAUAGCAGCUGCCGAAGUCUCUUUGUUGUACGAAGAUUCAAAUGAUAUUUCAAACAUAACUCCAUUAUCAUUUCCGUAUCGUUCGAUGUCACAUUAGUAUUUUGUAGAUAAUAGUAUUUUGUAGAUAAUAGAAAUAAUAGAAAUAUUAUAUAUACUGUUCUUGCUGUGGAAUAGAAAUAGUUACAAUAUUAUUAUAAUUGUAUUCAGUGUAUACAUAUUAUCUCAUUAUUAAUGAUAACCUAGCGUCAAUUAACAUAAUACCUCGAACAUUACAUUACUCUAAGCGACAGUUAAACGCGACAACAAUUAUUUAAUAGUAUAAUCGAUUUAUACAAUUGCAAUAAUAGCAUUUAUAGCAAAGUUUAAUCAUGUUGUAUACUUGUGUUUACAUCAAGAAAUAUUGUAAAAGAAUUUGUCUUAAUAAAAUUUUAUACAUCAUUACAUAAGAUGACGGGAAAUUUCUAUUCCACAUGCAUGCACAGAAUGUUUGAGAUAACAAAGAAAGAAAUAAUUCAUA